AUGGCGCAGAAUUUGUUUCGUCUCUCCGGAGACAUGUUGCAUCUGCUCUCGAUCUUUGUUCUGCUUCUCAAGUUGUACCGCAGCAAGAACUGCGCGGGGCUGUCUGCGCGGAUGCAGGAGUGCUACCUCAUUGUUUUCUGCUGUCGGUACAUUGACUUGACGUAUUCGUUCCUUUCGGUCUACAACUCGGCCAUGAAGUCGAUCUUCAUCCUGUCCACAGCCUACCUCAUUUUCUUGAUGAAGAAGAAAGUGCCCAUCUCCCAGACGUACGACGCCAAGACGGACUCGUUCAACUACUGGCUGUAUCUGGUGCCGCCGUGCGCGAUCGUGUCCCUCAUCACGGCCGACUCCUUCGCGUUCUCCGACCUCUGCUGGACCUUCUCCAUUUGGAUGGAGAGCGUGGCGAUUCUGCCGCAGCUGCUUCUGCUGCAGCGGCAGCGGGAAGUCGAGAACCUGACGUCGCACUACGUCGCAUGCAUGGGGCUCUACCGUCUGAUGUACGUUCUGAACUGGGUGUAUCGCUUUGUGGUCGAAGUCCCGCCGCACGUCAACGUCGUCAGCUGGGUGGGCGGCGGCGUCCAGACUCUCCUGUACGCAGACUUCUUCUACUACUACGUGCACGCGAAGUGGUACGGGCACAAGCUCGUGCUCCCAGUCGUCGGCGGCGAGGUCUAG